UACAACUUAAACAAGGUCUCACUAAUCGUGUCAACCUAAUAACGAUAAAUUAUGCUCAACUUCCAACAUGGUCAAUCUCAUCAGUACCUCCUUCAUAUUCAUCCUCCAAUUUAAAACUCUACAUUGGUCUUGUUUUCAACCCUGAACAAUCAAAUCGACUAAUAGACUAUGGGCCAUCUCCUGAAGACGAAACAGCAGCAUCACAGUUUCGAAAAUUAUGGGGAAAAAAAGCAGAAGUCCGAAGAUUUAAAGAUGGUAGUAUACUAGAAUGUGUGGUUUGGGAUGUUAAAGGAAUUGAAGAACGUUGUCUUAUUGUUAGCAGGAUAGUCAAAUAUCUACUUCAUCUCCAUUAUGGAAUAAAUGAGAGCAAAGGAAUUCAAUAUUUUACAGGACAAUUGAAUGAAAUUGUCAUACCUUCAACAAACAUUCCAAAAAGUAUUUACAAUAAAAAUGGAAUUGCUAAUGGAUUUCGAGAUGUGAUGCAAGCAUUCGAUAAACUAGUUAAACAAUUUAUGGCAUUAGAGGAUGUUCCAUUGAGAUUUUCAGGCAUUCGAGCUGCAAGCUCAGCAUUAAGGUACGCUUCAAUAUUUAUACCCCAACCGCUUGCUCUCACAGCUAAGAAAAUAUCACAUUAUGUGGAUCCAAUUGAAUUUAUAAUUCAGUUUGAACAUUCUGCGAGAUGGCCUGAUGAUCUUGUGGCCAUACAAAAGAUGAAAAUUGCAUUUUAUAUACGACUUGCAUCACAAUUAGAGCUCCAAUUUCCGGGAACCUGUGCUACAGUAGUAACAGACAAUAGCGAUACGAUCAUUUCAGAAGCAUAUAUGGAUAUACUCGCUGAUUCUAGAUUCUCAUUCAGAUGUAGAAUAUAUAAUGAGCGAGAAAUGACAUUAUUGGAUCGUGGUAUCAAAGAUAAGAUAUCUAGUCAACUUAAAAAAAAUACGUAUACAAAAGCCUUAGAAAGAGAGAAACGAAUGUUCGUAGAGAUUCCAAUGCAUACUUUACAAAUUCAGACCCUCUGUAACAAGUGGCCAAGUUUGUCAUUAACCAUCCGACUUACGAAACGAUGGUUUAGUACGCAUUUGUUAAGCGAUCAUGUCGACGAAGAGUGGAUUGAAUGUCUGUCUUCACAGGUUUAUUUAGAACCAUCGCCUUGGAAUAGGCCUAAUAGUGGAUUUGUAGGGUUUCUCCGAGUUUUAAAAUUGAUAGCAUCUUGGGAUUGGAAUAAUGAAGCAAUGAUUGUUAAUUUAAGUGAAGAAAAUAGAAGCACUUUAAAAAAUAAUAAAAAUAGUACAAAUGAAAAUAAAGUUGAAGAUAUUAAGAUAAAAUUUAAGAAUUUAAGGUCGUCGGACAGUGAUUGCAAAUAUGGAUUAAUGUUCAUAGGUACUACUAGUGGAAGUGUUUGGGGAAUUGAAAAGCCCAGCAAAGUUGUUGCUAAUAGGAUAAGAGAUUUGGCCAGAUCUGCGCUUUUGUACGUUGACGAAUUGAUAGAGAAUGGGGAAAAUAGGGAGUUCAAG